GUCGACGAGCUCAGCAGGCUGCGCGUGCUCGAGCCCGGCGUGGCCGAGCAGACCGCGCAGCUGCGCGAGGAGUGCGGCGCCUUCGUGGACAAAGUGGUAGAAUUUCAGAAAAUAGUGGGUAGCUUAAUUGAACUCGUUGAUCAACUAGCAAAAGCUGCCGAGAGUGAGAAGAUGAAGGCUAUUGGUGCACGAAAUUUGCUGAAAUCUAUAGCAAAGCAAAGAGAAGCUCAGGAACAGCAACUUCAAGCUUUAAUAGCUGAGAAAAAGAUGCAGUUGGAAAGAUACCGAAUAGAGUAUGAGACUCUGUGUAAAAUAGAAGCUGACCAGCACGAAUUCAUUGACCAAUUCAUCUUUCAGAAAUAGCAGAUUUUAAGACAAACAGCAUGUUGACUUGGGCACACAAACAUUCCAGGAUUCUGGGGCUUUCAAAAAUAUGCAAUUUUUCCCUGUGUAUGAUUGAAUAGAUGUACAAAAUAAAAUGUUUUUUAAUGCAAUAUAAAUUUACAUUAAAAAUGGCAAUAAGGAGAGCUUUCUAAAAGACAUAAAUAAACACAGCUCUGUGGUUUAAUUUUAUAUUUUUUUGGUACAGUCAGCAGUUUAAAUUCAGAUUACACUGAAU